AUGAAGCCUUCGUCGUUGGAUGCCUCGUCGCCUUCUUCCAACAAGUAUCUCUUCUGGUUUGGAGGCAGCGCCAGCGCAAUGGCUACCUUGCUCACCCAUCCGCUGGACCUAGUAAAAGUCCGUAUACAGUCCGCAAUCACGCCAGCUCGGCUCUCUAUGACAGGGAUGACCGCUCGUGUCAUCACCAAUGAGGGCUGUAAUGGUCUUUAUGCUGGCUUGAGUGCAGCCAUUCUCAGACAAUUCACCUAUUCAACCAUCCGCUUCGGAGUCUAUGAGGAUCUCAAAUUACGUCUCAGUCAUGAUACUAGGACAUCUCACUCCCCCAUGGUGCUGUUCUCUUUAUCAGCUCUACCGCUAGCAGAGCAAAGGAACUACAAGCAUGUGUUUUAUGGUAUAACACAUAUCACCAGGACUGAGGGUUUAAGUUCUCUCUAUCGUGGAGUAGGCACCAACGCCCUUCGUGCAUCUCUCAUGAACUCCUCGCAGCUGGCUUCUUACGACAUGGCCAAGGCAUCAUGCAUAAGGACAUUUGGGAUGGAUGAUGACAUCAUAACUCAUCUAGUGGCUUCUUCCCUUGCUGGUGUUGUAGCGACAACUGUUUGCUCGCCUGUAGACGUGGUCAAGACUCGCAUUAUGGGCUCAACAAAUGGGGAACAUGUAUGGCAGAUCAUAAAACGAUCAAUCUUGCCUGAAAGUCCAUCGUGGGUUUUUGAAGGAUGGGUUCCUAGCUUUCUGCGUCUUGGGCCUCAGACUAUCCUGACGCUUCUGAUUCUUGAGCAACACAAGAAGCUGUAUGCCAAGAUGGGCGUUUGA